GAUCCCAACAGCAGCUCGGGCCGUUUUGAGGUCUGAAUGAACAGAGGACAACCCAAGACACCGGCGAUUCCAGUAUGGAAUUGUGCCGGACUUUGAUGCCUGAUAAGGUACAAGACCCUGAAUUCUUCCACAAGCCAUAGCCCCCUGAUUAUUCAAGGAUGCGCCGUUCGGGCUGCCAACCGCAAAAUGACCCCAGAAGAUACUGGCGGGAGCAAUGCCAGCAUCGAUGACUCGCCGCCGCCGCCUCUUCCUCCGCGACCUAAGCGAUCUUCGGAGCGAACCUUGCAGGCAGAGCCCGGCCAGCUCCAAUCGAAGCCAACCACCGCAGUGUCCCCGAUUGACAUCCAGACGCUCUCCUUCCCAGAUGGUUCCAGGGGGACUUUCUCCACGGCCGGCACGAGGGCUGUCUCUACGCCCGCUCCGGGCGCAAGCGGAUAUGCGACGCCCCGGUUUGGGCUCGCGUCGGCGAGCAGCGACAUUGACGAGAGCAUGAGCGUCAUGAGCUUUGCACCGACGUUCCGCCCGCCGGGCGAUCUAGCGAGCCUCGUUGCCGGGGAAUUUAACAGGAAGAGUCGCGCGUGGAUGCUUCUCAGCUCACAGUCCGCCAGCGUUCUGCCCUUUGAAAACAUCAAAAUCGACACCCCAAAUGGGCUAGCAGACUUUGAGACGGAAUUCGAUGAUAUUCCCGAUGUCGCAGAGAAGACGGGCAUCACUGACGAAGGGAGACUCCUGCUAUGGAAGUCGAAACUGAAACAUUAUAUGAUCUUGUCAUCCGCCGGGAAACCGAUAUACAGCCGCCAUGGCGACUUGGGCCUUAUCAACUCGUACAUCGGAGUCGUACAGACGAUCAUCUCAUUCUACGAAGGGGCGAAGGAUCCGCUUCUUGGGUUUACGGCGGGGAAUGCCCGCUUCGUCAUUGCCACACAAGGGCCGUUGUACUUCGUGGCUAUCAGCAGGCUGGGCGAGAACGAUGCCCAGCUCCGAGCUCAGCUUGAUGCUCUAUAUAUGCAGAUUCUCUCGACGCUGACGUUGCCCGGCCUCAAAAGCAUAUUUGCCAACCGUCCUUCGUCAGAUCUGCGGAAGCCUCUGGAAGGCACCGAGUCGUUGCUGUCAUCGCUGGCUGAUAGCUUUACCAAGGGCUCCCCAUCUGCACUCCUCGGGGCUCUGGAGUGCCUCAAGUUGCGGAAGUCCCAACGGCAUUCGAUCAGCAAUAUCUUCCUGAAAUCCAGAACCGAGAAACUACUCUACGGCCUAAUUGUGGCUGGAGGCAAACUCGUCAGCGUCAUCCGCCCUCGGCGACAUUCCCUCCACCCCAGCGAUCUUCAGCUCAUAUUUAACAUGCUCUUUGAAUCUGGGAGCGUCAAGGCCGACGGGGGGGAGAACUGGAUCCCUCUCUGCCUCCCUGCCUUCAACAACAGCGGCUACCUAUAUAUGUACGUCAGCUUCUUCGACAAGACUGCAGAGGGCACCGGCACCGACAACGGCUCCGAAGCCGCAACGGCCCGUCCCGAGUCGUCGAGCGAGGAGAUCGCCAUCAUACUCAUCAGCCCAGACAAGGAAAGCUUCUACGGCCUCAAGGAGAUGCGAGACAAGGUCGCCCAGCAGCUCGCCCGACAGGGGUCCCUAGCCAUCAUCAAAGCCGCCGUCCAGGCUGGCCGCCCCCGCAUCGCCUCCGUCGCCCCCGGCUUCCCCGUCAACCACUUCCUGUACAAGUCGCGGCCCAACGUGCAGUUCUGCAUGUCGUCUCUCGAGCCCGCCGAGUUCGGCGGCGGCGGCGGCGGCGGCACCGUCGUCACCCGCCGCCGACGGCUCAUGACCAUCUACCACCAGCUGCACGCCGCUGUCCACGCGCGCCACUCGCACCUCCGCGUCCUCCACUGCGUCGGCGACGAGGCCUCCAGCCUGGCCUGGGUCACGCCCGCCUUCGAGUUCUACUGCGUCGCCGGCCCGAACCUGUCCCGCGCCGCCGUGACGCAGGGCGCCAACGCCAUCGUCCAGUGGGCUAAGAAGGAGGAGGAGCGCCUGUUCAUCAUUGGCGGCGGCGUUUUUUGAUGGGAGUUUUUUAAUCAUUAUUAUUCUUUCUUCCCUGGUCUGUCGGGAACCAGUGAAGCGAUCAGAAACCCUCGGGCUGUGCCAUCUUGGAUGUUUCCCAGACAAUAGUCCC